AUGGGAUUAAGGACAGAUAGGUCUCUUCUGUAUAUCAUCUACUGGGCUAUCAACUUGAUUCUCGCUUUGACCAGAAUAGACCUUACAAAACUCAUCGAUGUUUCCAAACGAUUUGGCUGGGUUUCAGUUGCAAACUUAGUGCUUUUGGUCUUUUUGGCCUUGAAGAAUACGCCCCUCGCCCCCUUGACUGCCAUAUCGUACGAAAAGCUCCGCCCGCUACACAAGGUUGCCGGUUAUACCUGCAUCUUCACAAGCGUCUUGCAUGGUGUAGUGUACGUAUCUGCCUGGUCGGAGAUUGGGAACUUGGCCGAAAUGAAAGAACGAGAAAUCUUUGUCGGCCCAAUUGCAGGUUGCGCUAUGAUAAUCAUUGGCCUUUCAACUAUCAAAUACUUCAUGCGCGGGUAUUAUGAACUCUUCUAUAUGCUGCACAUAACUAUGUUCAUUUUGAUUAUGAUCACAGUCGGAAUGCACCGUCCGAAAUUUUCAACUUCAGUGUUGAUUAUCGUGAUUUUCACUGCCUCUGUUUGGGCCUUGGACCGCAUUAUCCGCGGCGCAAAGUUGCUUUGGAACUUCUUUGGAAAUUCUCUCACUGUCACUGCUUUACCCAACAAUGCCCUUCGAGUGAAACUCAACCGUCGCAUGCACUCCACUCCAGGUUCCCACGCAUUCUUGUGGGUUCCCGCCAUCAGCUGGGCUGAAAGCCAUCCGUUCACUCUAUUAUCUUCGGAUCCAUCCGAGUUCGUUAUUCGAGUGUACGAUGGCUUUACGCGGGAUUUAUAUAAAGCUGCUCAAGAGUUCCCGGGGAGGUCUCUUCGCUGUUCUGUAGACGGUGCAUAUGGUCAAAUCCCGAACUUCAAAGUGUUUGAGAAAGUCGUUCUUGUCGCCGGUGGCAGCGGUGCUAGCUUCACGUUUGCUAUUGCACUAGCCCUGAUCGAGGCAUCCAACAAGGCAGUGAAGUCCAUUGAUUUUAUUUGGGUAGUGAGACAUCAAGAGAGUCUCGAGUGGUAUGCCCAAGAGCUCAAGCAGCUUCAGUCGCAUCCAGAAGUGAAUCUGAUCAUUCACGUCACCGGUCAGGCUGACCUGUCCGGAACAUCGUCAUCCACAUCCCCAAGCUCUUCAUCAGAAAAAGUGUCUGAGAAGGACGAUAUAAUCCCAACAGGACCUUCUCCAGCCUUGUUAACGAGUGACCCUGAGAAAGGCGCUGGACAACACCCUACGGGUAAUAUUUCUUCUUCAGUCAACGAGAUCUUGCCAGGACGCCCGGAUAUUGGCAACUUGAUUGCGACCGCUGCCGCUGAAAGUGGCAGAUCAGACGACCACAUGAUUGUUGGUGCUUGUGGUCCUAGCCAGCUUCUGGGUACAACACGGAAAGCUGUGAACAAUGAGUUGCUUAAUGACGGACCAUCGAUAACGUUCUAUACUGAGGUAAGCUAA